AUGGGUGGAGGAAACAGCAAAAGUGGCAAACAGUGGGUUCUUCUUGCUGCUGGUUCUAAGGGCUGGGACAAUUACCGGCAUCAGGCUGAUGUCUGCCAUGCAUACCAGAUGGCACAUCAAAAUGGGAUUCCAGAUGAGCAGAUUGUGGUUAUGAUGUACGAUGAUAUCGCUUAUCAUGAGGAAAACCCGUACCAUGGCAACAUUAUUAAUGAACCAAAUGGACCAAAUGUUUACCCAGGGGUUCUGAAAGACUACACGAGACAAGAUGUCUCUGCUGAAAAUUUCUUGGCUGUACUGCAAGGCAAUGAAGGUGCAGUGAGGAAAAGAGGACCCAAAAAGGUCAUUAAAAGUGACUGUAAUGACACUAUUUUUGUCUACCUGUCAGACCAUGGGAGCACUGGAAUGUUUCACUUUAUUGACUCUACACUCUAUGUAGCUGAUCUCAUUGACACACUGAGAGAAAUGGCAAGUAAUCAACAGUUCUCACAGAUGGUGAUAUACAUGGAAAGCUGCUAUUCUGGAUCAGUACUAAACAAGCUGCCAGGGAACAUCAAAGUGUAUGGAAUUUCAGCGAGUAAUCCAUACGAGAGUUCAUUUGCCUGCUGGUACGACAACAAAAGGAACGCAUAUCUUGCUGAUGCGUUUAGUGCUCUUUGGCUGCAUCAUACUAAGAUGAGUGAUCUUGAAAAAAGUACACUCCAGGACCAGUUCAAGUAUCUGCGCCGCCAUGUGCCACAGUCAACUCCGUGUCAGUAUGGGGACAUGGAGAUUAGCCAGCUGCCAAUCUGUACAUUUUUGGGGAUCUCUCCACCAGAUGUCAGAGAUUUUCAUGUAGGACGAGAUGUUGUUCGUAAUCUGACAGAUGUCACGGCCAGCCAUAAUGUCCCACUGAGGAUCCAAGAGAACCGAAUUCAACGGGAGAGGGACCCCUGGAGAAGAGAGACUCACCAGAGACGAUACAAAAAACUUUGCGCAAACAGGAGCAGAAUUGAGAGGGCUGUUCAGGAGAUAGCUCAGUGCUGCUGUCCUGAUGGGGGAGCCACAGGGCUAUCGGAGAGAAACUGUCUGAUGCGUGUCAGGGAGCUGAAAGAAGUGGCCGAGCAUUUCCGAGUGAACCUCUUUGACUGGCACAACGAGGAGUUUGAGUAUGCUCUGUCACACAUGCAUGUUUUGGCCAAUCUGUGUGAAUCUGGUGUGGAGGUUCGAAGGUUCACCCCUUAG